CCCGUGUAUCCUGACGUGGAAUCUACAAGAUGAAGAUAGCGAUCGUUUUAUUCCUCUUGGUCGCCGUGGUCGCUGUACAAGAUUCCGACGCUUGGUUCGUGCGCAGCGUCGUGCGCAGCGUCGUGCGAGCUGUCCGCAAUGUUAUCAGAGGUGUUCGCAGGGUGACGAGAGCAGUCUGGAGGAACGCCAGGAAGUGCUGGAGAGCCAUCAUAAGAAUCGGGAAACGUGACAACAACAGCUUGGAUCUCAACAAAGAUGGCCACGUGGACCUGAAAGAACUCGGCAAGAUUCUUGGCGAGCGAGAAGCACGUGACUUAAUGGAGGCCAUGUCGGGCUCUACUGAUCCUGUUCCUGUUGAGGAGUUCAAACGAAACGUCCGUGACCUGACUGAACUUUCAGAAGAAGACCUCUAUAACCAGGUGGAAGAACUCUCCAAGAAGGAGUGAAAUCGCCGUUAAAAGUAACAGAAGUAAAGAUUGUGUCAACGUAAUUAGUGUAGUUUCGUCUCUAUAUAGCACAUUACGCGCGAAUGUGGGCGAGGAAUGCAAUAUCCAGGUCAGAUGGAACAAUAACUGGACAGGAUAUCUGGUACGACCUUAUGUGGGGGACCACAAUCUCUAGUGCGAGGACAUUCUACCUUUAAAUAUUUUACCUUCCUGCACUGUCUAUACAAGCAGUGUCACUCACCCAAAACUCGUGUAAUAAACCGAAACGUUUAUAUUUCCUA